GAGAGCCGGAGCUGGAGCAGGAGGGAGUUUUAAAAGAAACAGACAAGAACCACAUGCCACGAGGACUCGGUGGACUCACCCAUCGGUGCCCUCCGAUGGCUUGGACAGCUUAUGUCAAUCUUCAAGUGGUUAUACCUUGAGACGGACCCGUGCAAGAGCUCCCUGGAGAAUCGGGUGAGAUUUUGCAUGGAAGCUGGCGAUGCUUCAGGCGUUGGUCCUUCUGAAGAUGAGGAUCGAAGCCUUUUCGUUAUGGAUGUUCGUGAACAUGAUGUUCCUGGGUAUGUGGUGCUACGUCUACAUCCUCUGGGUCCAAUAUUGGCGAUACAUCGAGACGCACCCGGUUGAGUGGGGAGCAUCGUCGGGUGCGAAUGCGAAUAAUUCGGGCCAGCAACAUCCGAUCAACCCCUUCGGAUUCCCGGAAGAGAUGGUCGAUUUCAUAGUGCAUCGCCACCACAACAUCAAUGCCUCAUCGGACUCGGAAGACCAUCUCAAGCUGACGCUAUUCAAAUCCCAGCUCUUGAUUCAAAUGAGGAAUGCCCUAAUCACGGAAGCCAAGGACCACCGUAAUCCAUACGGUGUCACAUAUCACGAAUACGGGAAAUCCGUGAAGAAAAUUCGGACCAUGAGGCGACUCAUGUGCGAUUUGGGUCGCGUGGGACUGAGGACGUUGUUACCCAAGGACGAACCUUUUCACUCCAUGGGAAUGGGAAACUUACUCCAGCCUUCCAAUAUCUUAGAUGGCGUCUUUUUCAAUACCUGUGCCGUUGUCACAAAUGCUGGAUCUCUCAAGGAUUCCCGAAUGGGAGAACACAUCGAUUCCCAUGAUGCAGUGGUGAGGUUCAACCACGCUCCCACGUCGGGGUACGUGAAAGACGUUGGAAAGAAGACAACGAUCCGAAUCGUGAAUUCCCAAAUCUUGACGAAGCCCCGUUUCGAAUUCAUGACUUCUCCUCUCUAUCGAAAUGUCACACUCCUCACCUGGGAUCCCUCCAAAUACAAAGCCUCUCUCACCGAGUGGUACGGGACCCCGGAGCACGAUCUGUUCACGGAAUUCUUUCACAUGCGGGUCGUGAAUCCGGACUUGGAGUUCUUUCUCUUGCAUCCUGAGGUUAUGUGGGAACUUUGGGAAUUCCUCCAACGCAAUACUCCGUCCAAGAUUCUCCGAAAUCCCCCUUCAUCCGGUUUCCUUGGGGUGGCAUUGAUGCUGCAUCACUGCAAGUGGGUGGACGUGUACGAAUACGUGCCAUCGAUGAGGCUGACGCCUAGGUGUUACUAUUUCGACAAGAUGGAAGACGUGAGUUGCACCCUUGGUGGGUGGCACCCAUUGGCUACGGAGAAACUUUUAGCCCUGGCCAUGAGCACCGCCUCCGAUCACGACGUCUUUCGACGGGGAUUCCUUCGUCUCAAAGGCUUCUCACAAGUCAACUGCCCUUGAUCAUCUCCCCUCACGGAUCACGAACUUUGCCAUCAUUGUUCUAUGGUACACAAUGAAAAUCCCGGAGAUGCUCAAUCGACCAAGACGUGCUGCUAUUUCAUUUCCAGUGAUAUUGCCAUUGACGGUGGCUUAUUUUUUGGGUGCUCACGCACCCCAUGAAAGUCAAUACGCCGAAUGGACACGAACCAUGCAUCUACAAUAAAUGUUCGAAGUGAC